UCUUGAUGUCUUGCGUUGUGCAUGGUGUUGGGUUAUGUUGGAUGAUCAUCUUUGUUAUUGCAAUAAUUACAUAAUAACACAUAUAUUGCCUUUUUUUGUCUAGUGUUUCUCGUUCGAAAAACGUGGAGCAACUGAACACAUUAUCACUGCAUCGGUAGUCGGUGAUCGAGGAAUUCGUCUCUCAUGGAAACGUAAAAAAGCAAAAGGCGUAACAACAACAAUAACACUUGUGCGUGGAUUACUAUUUUUGUAUUUUUCAUACAUCAUGGACUCUGUGGAUUUUAAAAAUAUGAGUUUGGAAGAGCGCGACUGUGUUGCACAAGAAAUUCUGCGGAAAAGGUAUGCAGUGGACAAGCCCGAAACCCUGAAAUUGCUGGCAAUCAAGGCCAUAUGCUCAAAUUACAAACUUUUCCUGAAGCAAAAUGGAAAUCCUCUAGAAAUUUUGCCUGGCACCAUUAUCAAGGAUUUUCUUGGUCUGAUCAAAGAAUACAGAUGGACAACACACAUACUAAUUCCAAAGCAAGAUGAGAUGAAAUUUGUCCUUCUACUGCUCAACCCUAAUCUGACGGAAUUUGAUCCUCAAGAGUUCAAUCCUUAUGUGAGAGGAUCUAUAGCACCUCACCAAGUUUACUACAAGCACAUGGUCAAGAACUGCCCUAAAAUAACCAAAAUCGUCAAAUGUUGCUGCCGCUUUUGUCAAGGAGUAGUUCCUCUCCUUAAAAUUGCAAAAUUUCUAAAGGCAGACCUACUCGCAUGGAAAAACUUGAGAUAUUUUGGAAUGAAGGGCACCAUGUGCGCUGAUAGGGAAUUGCAAAGAAUUUCAAAAUACAUUCCAAAUUUAGAGGGAUUGGAGGUUUCUUUGUCACGACACACUCUCUCUACGAAGGCAGUCAAGUACUUUUCUAAAAUGAAAAAACUGAAACACCUUGACAUUGGCAUUAUGAAAUGCAACUACGGUUGCAGUAUCUUCUACGAACAUUGCCCUGAUAUGGAUCUCAUUUUGAAGUGUCUUGAGAAACUCUCAAAUUUGCAGACCUUCCAGUUUGACGACACAUUUGAUAACUUCAACAAUGUGGAAGAUUUUGUCGAGUCAUUUGGUUUGUUUUAUCCUAAUAAAAAACUGAUCGCCCCUCGUCUGAACAUCUGCUCACCUUUUGAAUUUGACUGGCCAGAAAACUUGCUUGUCAAAGAGCUUGAAAUUCACGGAGAUCUCAGUGAAGGGACAAUUCAGAAAUUGAUUUCCAUGCCUAACUUCCCAAAAAAGCUCAUAAUAGCAGUUACCCCAUUCAGAGACAUCUAUCCUAUCCUUGAAGUACUUGGACCACACCUUGAAGAACUUCAUUUCAUAGAUUCAGAUUACGUUGAUUUCUUGGAUCUCGAUCAUGGUGAAAUAGAUCUGCUCAGAGUGAUCGAACUCUGUCCCAACUUGGAAGAGCUCUACUACCGUGCAUUUAAUUCUCAGUUGGCGGAAGGCAACGGUUUUUCAAAGGUGACUCUGAAGCAUUUCAGGAAUUGGAGAAAGUUUGCAAUUGAAGGGUUCAAUUGUGCUUUUGAAGGGGCCUUUGACGAGGGAGUUCCAGUUUUACUCAAAAUAUAUCAAAUGUUUGUGCUGGGAUCAGAAAACUAUGAUCGCACUUUAAAGGUGUCGCAUUUAGCCUCAGCCAAACUUCUUCUGCAGACCUUGAAGGAAAAUACUACCUGCCUAAGCGACUUGCAAAAAGUUUGGUUUCAAGUGAAUUCGGAAGAACUGAUCGCUAUCGAUAUCCAAAUCUGUCAGAUACUGAUAUUGCGCUCGCCAUAUCUGAAGAAAAUUAAAUUCAUCUUGUAUGGGUUAGAGUUUUCCAAUGAAGACAAGCGGUUCAUUGAUUUUGUGACAAACAGCCUCGGAAUCCAAUUCAAAGUGAUUUUAGAGGAUAAUGGUGAAAAUGAUAGUUCUUACGUGCACACUGACUUGGAUGACUUUCCCAACAAUGAUCUUUGAGAGACUUUGUUCAACUGCAGUGAAUUUGACAGCAAAUUUGACCAGUUAAUUACCUACUUAACUGCAAUAAACAAAAUUUUCGUUCAAUCCAUUUAUAUUAUGUAUAACUAGCAUUAUCA